GCACAAACAUAUGGGGCACCAAGUGUACUUUAAACCAAAAAAGAGUCACAAAUUAACCUUCAACGUGUUCUCUCAUCCCAACUCUCUGUAGCCUUCCUCUUCUCUGCUCUCUCUCAGCAUCCAAACCCUAACCAGAUUUUCUUGAGCUUCAUUCGGCAAGGAUGACAACAGAAGCACCUUUCCGACCAAGGGAGAAGCUCGUUGAGCACCAGAAAUAUUUCCAAAGCAUUCACAAGCACACAUAUUUGAAGGGACCUCUUGAUAAGGUUACCUCUGUUGCCAUUCCAAUAGCAUUCGCAGCCACCUCACUUUUUCUUAUUGGGCGAGGGAUCUAUAACAUGUCUCAUGGGAUUGGAAAGAAGGAAUGAGGAGGCUGUUUGUGUAAUGAUCACUGUUUUGUUUUUACUGCUCAUGUUUUGAAGGAUUAUUUGCUUAUGCAUGUGACCAGUAUUAUUUUUAAAUUUGUUAAUUAAUAAUUGCAUAGUUGCUGGCUUGCAGCUACCAUUGGAAGUUUAACCAUUGGAAGUUUAAACUUCGCCAUUGAUGCCUUUGUUUUCUAUUUGGCUUUUAAUGAUACAUGAUUGAAUUUCAGGGUU